UCAUUACUACACAGACACGAUAUCCCGCUUAAAACACAUCAUGUACACUCUAACUAUUUCGGUGAUUUUGCUUCUUUCUGUGCCCUGCUGGGGAGGAAUCUGGGAACGCGGCCGACGGCUUCAAAAGAGAAAAAACUUUCUGGACCGGUACCAACACGUUCCGUCCAAAGUACAGACUGCCAGGAAACUUAUGACCAACUUCCUGGAUCGUAACAGCAAUAGAAGACUUAAACGAGAAAUCGAAAAUGGGAUAUUCUACGAUGUCGUCUUUCUACUGGACUCAUCGUCGUCCGUUGGAAAAAAAGAAUUCAGAAACGCGGUCUUGGCGCUUCAAACGUUAAUCACUAGAGCAAAAGAUGACACCGUAUAUGCAGGCAUUACCUUUGCAACCACAGCAAAUGUUACUUUUACUUUCACCAAUCCAUUAGAUGCCAUGAAGCACAUUGGCCAGAUCAAAUACCGACCUGGCUUGACAAACACACAAGAAGCUCUUGAGAUUUGUCGAGAGGAACUGUUCCGUAAAAUAAAGUCAGGAAUGAGGAGACUUAGCUACAAGCGAAUUCUCAUUGUCACCGACGGUCAGUCGAACGUCAAAAAGCAACUAACUUUGUACAAAGCUUUUAAGUUGAAAAAUAUGGGAAUCGAAAUCUUUGUUAUUGCCGUUGGUGGCUACUUGAGAGGGAUCGCUGAGAUUGUGGGCCUUGCGAGCUCCACCGAUGCUCAUUUGUACCGAGUGAAGAACAUGAAAGAUUUAUUGGAAAUUGUUCAGCUCAUUCCGCCAUGGGACUUGAUUCGGCAACAGCAGAAAACGUGGUUGGAAAAUAUGUUUGAGGACGUUGAUGACAGCUUAAAGUACCAAAAGAUCCAACUAUGAAACCCUGGGCGACAAGAUGUACUUAAGCAAUGAUUACUAGCAGUCGACAACUUGUUGAAUCCWUAUAAAAAGCUACAACUAUUUGAACAUGUGGACGGGAAGAAUAUGGCCACACAAGAUGUACUUAAGCAAUGAUUACUAGCAGUCGACAACUUGUUGAAUCCYUAUAAAAAGCUACAACUAUUUGAACAUGUGGACGGGAAGAAUAUGGCCACACAAGAUGUACUUAAGCAAUGAUUACUAGCAUUCAACAACUUGUUAAAUUACAAUUAGCUAUAGGCUCACAACAAAGGACUGUUUGACCAAAGACCUCAUGGCUCAAGACAUGGGGGCACUUUGCCGUCACUCAGUCUAACAAAUUGCCUUUAAAACGACAGAAUGACUGAGCAUUGAGUUAUAUAAUAGACUUUGAUGAGUGAAGAGCACUGGCAAAUAACGUAAGCUAUCCAGCUACAGUUUCUUUUCUUAAAUAGGUCAUUAAGUCAAAGCUAUACAUAGAAUACGGCAAUGGUUGAAUAGAACAGGCGCAAAUACUUAUUAUACAAACAAUUAAAUAUGAAACAUAUGUUGUAAAUGUCAAUAACAGACCUCGACAAUGACUCCUGAUAUGUCUGCAUAUACACAGCAAUUUCAAAAAAGGUUGCCAGAGAAAAUAGCGAAAUGAAUGGAAAUUGCACGGCUGAAAGGAAUUAUGGAUACAGAAUAUGAAUAAAGCCAUCCCUUAUCUGCACACAAAUGAUAUAAUAGUAUUAUUAGUAUUAUUUUGAUUCCCAAAAAACAUCAAUUGAUACUGAAUGCAGAGUAUACUUGAUGUAACCAUAAUUCCUUAGUAUUGUGCAAUUACCUCUCCUUUCGGUAUUAUAAAUGACAACAUUUGCAGGAAUUGCUGACACAGUAGUUUGUACAGAGCAAGGUACAGUAAUCAUGGACCACAUAUAUGUCAGUAUACACAGUAGGACGUAUACUCCAUUAUAUUAUUACUAUUCCUAUGUAUUUAAUAUGAUGGGAAAACGUUUAGUGAUUGACACUCAUGGCAGCCAUGCUGUUGGUACUUUAACAAAAGAUUUCUUAUCAAUAUCUACUAUUCAUAUCCCCUUCAUGACAGCCAAUUGUUUGUUUUCUGAAUCCCAAGAUAAUGAUUGAAAAACUUGCUGUUCUCCCUCAUA